UGGUCAACCGCUGAUGAGUUACGUCUCCUGGACUAUGUCACCACCCAUAAAGCAAAAGGGGGUGACGGACUCAAUUUUGAUAAGACAUUUUGGACGCAGGCUGCCAGCGAUGUAGCACACACCACCACAAGCAGUGCAGUGAAAACAGCUGAGGCGUGUCAACAGAAAUGGGCUAGGAUGCACGCCACCUAUUCAGUUGUCAACUGGGUCGCAAAUUUUUCCGUAAUUUCAUGGAGCAAUGAGACUGGCGCCAACAUCACACCUGAGUCAGAGUCUGUUUGGGCAGAUCUCGUUAAGGUACAUUCUAUCUACUGUUUUUACUAG